GUAUAAAGUCUUAUUUUAACAUUAGUAGUAACUAAAAAAGCAAAAUUCAUUAAAAUUUUUUUAAAGAAAGUAGUUUGAAUGUUUAAAAUGCAAAGAGAAGAAAAACAAUUAGAUUCCGCUUUGGAGGCAAUUAUUAUGAGAGUAAAUGAUUUAAAAAGUGCAAUUGCUGCAAUGAUAUUUAAAUUGGAACAUGAAUAUGAAACAUUAAAUUGGCCUAAUUUUCUUGAUAAUUUUGCUCUUAUUUCAGGACAUCUGACCAGUCUUUCAAAAAUUCUUGGACAUGAUAAGGCACCAAAUUUAAGAAACUUAACAGUUUUACCAUUAAGAUUAAGUCCAGAGAAAGAUGAAGAAUUGCUUCGUUUAACUGAAGGUAGAAUUCCCACAUUUGCUCAUGACUUAGUACCAGAUUAUCUACGAACUAAAGUAGAACCUCAAGCUGAACAAAAAAUGAUGCAGCUUGAAGCAAAAGCUGCAAAUUUAAAUUAUGAAACAUCACAUGACUGCAAUAAACAAGUGGCUCAAUACACAAAAGUUAUUAAUCAUGUAUGGGAUAUAGCAAAUAAGGCACGUGAAGAGUGGGAAAGUGAAGCUGGUUCUAGAGCAACUCAAGCUCAAACCAGCAGUACAGCAGACACUCAUGCUCUUGUAGCAGCUGUGGGUAUGGGUAAAGGUUUAAAGUCCGAUUCUGUGCAAAUGGUUCAAUCAGGUGUGAAUUCAGUACCUAGUGGAAUGAUAGUAGGAAGACCUGGAAAUCAGCAACAAACUCCAGGACAAGGAUCACUAGGAAAUCCAUCUAUGGGACAAAUGACUAAAGCUCCAAGUACAAUCAAAACCAAUAUCAAGGCAGCACCACAAAUUCAUCCAUAUAGAUAAAAUAUAAAAAUAUUGACUUUAAUAUAAUAUUUUUCAAAUUAAAAAUUAUUUUCAUCUUAAUUUAUUAUAUUUUUUAUUAUUAUUAUAUUUUUUAAUAUAUAGCAACAUUAAAAUAAUUUGUUUCUUUUUAUUUUUAAAUAAAAUAUUUACAUAUAUAUAAUUAUGUAUAUUAUAAUUAAAAUCAUUUUUUUAAUAUCAGCAUAUUUACUAUAUUUUACAUUAUAAAAUAUAGAAAAUCAUACAAAUUACAUCUGCGCUCUUAUACUUUAUAACAAUGUACAUUAAAAAUAUAAAUGUAAUGUUAGUUGUAUCUUAAAUAAAUUCAUGUAAAAGAAUU